AUGAAAGUCAAUACAUUCGUCUUCCCAAUCCAUUCUACAGACCACAAUUCGCUAGUCCGCAUCAUGUCUACCACAACAACAGAAACGCUGCCCGUACAAGAGGUCACGUCAGGCACGGACUCUUCGCAAUACGGCUUCGCCAAUCUCGAACCUUAUGUCCACCCUCCAGAGACUAAAGCUGAUCUUCCGUGGUCAGAGCUCGUAACGCUUGACCUCGAAGACUACAAUCGCGAAGGCGGCAAAGAGCGUUUGGCGAAACAGCUGGAACAUGCAGUACACCACGUUGGCUUUUUCUAUGUCAAAAACUUCGGUAUCGAGCAAGAAAGAGUAGAUCGGCAAUUCACACUCGCGAAACACUUCUUCGAACUUCCCGUUUCCGAGAAAGAGAAGCAUGAAAUUGAUUACGCAGCCGCGGAUUACAACGGAUGGCGUCGAUCCGGCAGAGCCACCGUCGCCGACGCAAAAGACAAUAUAGAGAUUUUCAACAUCCCCAAAUUCACUCCCGACUUCGCCGGAAAAUACACCUACCCACCCCUCCUCUCCGCACACCUCCCGGAAAUCGAAAACUUCCAAAAGUCGUUGCACGCAAACGUCGUACUCCCCUUACUCCGUCUCUUCGCCAUCGUGCUCAAGCUUCCAGAUGAAGAUUACCUCGUGCGCCAGCACACCUACGACAAGAAAUCCGAGGACCAUUUCAGAUAUAUGAUCUACCACCCACGAUCAGAAGAAGACUGGAAAGCCGCAAAAUAUGGCGCUACAGGCGGGCACACGGAUCUAGGAACUGUAACACUGCUCUUCCGCCAACCAGUUGCAGGACUCCAGAUCCUCGGCGAAGACGGAGAAUGGACGUGGGUGAGCGCACAGCCUGGUACCAUCACCGUGAACCUCGCAGACACGAUCUCCCACUUGACAGGCGGAUGGUUAAAGUCCUCUGUUCAUCGCGUUGUUGCUCCUCCGGAAGACCAGCGCGAGUUCAAGCGUACGGGAUUGCUGUAUUUUGCGCGGCCGCAUAAUGAUACCAAGUUGCUGCCGAUUACGGAUAGUCCGGUCUUGCAGGAGGCUGGGGUGAAGCCGAGGUUUGAGAAGAUUGUAUCGAUGGAGGAAUGGGUUAGGGCCAAGCAGACAUUGCAGUUGAAUCCGGAGAUUGCGGCGAAGAGGUGGGCUGAAAGAGGGGACGGAAAGGUGGAGGUUUUGGCUGGGUUUCAUGAUCAGAGAUAUAAGGAGUGA